GAGCGGAGGCGGAGUCUGCAUCAGACGACUCCCCCAACGAGCUGAUGGAUGACGAAGAGGAGCCAAUCAGCAAAGAGGAGGCAGCGGAGAGACUGCUGGAGACGGAGAAGAUGAUCGCCGAGCUGAACGAGACGUGGGAGGAGAAACUGAGGAAGACCGAGUCCAUCCGUCUGGAGAGGGAGACGAUCCUGGCGGAGAUGGGCGUGUCCAUUAAAGAGGACGGCGGCACGCUGGGCGUCUUCUCCCCUAAAGGAACGCCUCACCUGGUGAACCUGAACGAGGACCCUCUGAUGUCCGAGUGUCUGCUGUACUACAUCAAGGAGGGCUUCACCAGGUACUGCUUUUUAUGUAUUAAUAUAUAACAUUUCAUUCAUUUACUCUGAGGGGUAUAGGGCGA